CAGUGGCGCCAGCGGCCUUUGUUUGAUCAUUCCCCGCUUUCAUUGUCGGGCGCGUCCCUGCGCUCGCUCUUCGUGUUGUGUUUUUUAUUAAGUAUGUUAUGAGUGGGAGAAUGAGGGGCGGCAUUCGACUGAAGUCAUUACAUUGCGAGGUGCUUGGUCUCUGCUGGCUCCGCGGAUGUCUUCUGACAGCGUCGUCGCCGUCUUUGCCCGUCAGAUCUUCGAGAGAACUACAAGCUCCCCCAACAAGAAGAUGCAGACUAGCAGGCCUUUCUUUGCUCUUUCCACGUCUUCAAUCUUUCCCAGGUCGGGCGAGGGGUGUUGCUCAAACCUAAAGAUGACGCCAAUUUUUAUGAGCAGUAUACUUUUGGGGGUACCGGCUACUCGGCUGGUGCCUUUUGCCCUCGACGUCGACGACAUAGAAAGAGUUAUUGUCAACAUGGGCUCGAGCAGCUUAGUUAGUAUAUCGAAGUUCGAAAACGAAAAGCAAAACUAUACAUAGAUCAAGAUCAUGCGAUUGAAAUAUAUUGAUAUACAGAUACACGAAAUAGUACUCAAUCAUGAUGGUUAAGUAUUACAUACGAUUAUCUCGAAAAGUACGAUUAGAUAGUGGAGGUCAAAUUGAAGAUAUCAGCAGCUCACACCAGCAUAUCAUGAUUGUAUGCUUUCUCAAGUCUCAAACUCAAUCUAAUAAAGGUCAAGUCUGAGACUAAAUCAACAAAUAUCUCGACUACGAGAUGCACGCUUUCUGAAUAUAUUUUGAUGGUCGUGUUGGCCUCCUCCAAUUCUACAACAUGCAUAAAUAAUACAAAUCUACCCUCGCAGAAAUUCGUGAAGAAUUUCAUCACCAAUACCGAACUGCAUUAAUAUUUUUAAAUUUCUGCGAAAUAUGUGAAUGUAUCCUCAGAGGUUUCUAGCUGAAAAAUUUGUCAAAACCAAGACAAAAACUUACUAAUGGUCUUCCAUUACAAAUAAGGUUUCUCUUUCUCGGGUGUUGCUUAACGUCGUACUCGUAGCUCAACAACAUUAUGAGAAUUACGAUUUCAUAAUUGAUGUCGCCAAGAAUGUUCAAUGAUCGUGUUGCAGGUCGUCUAAUUUUCGAUUUUGGUACCUUAGAGAGUAUAGCGUCUCACUCACAAAAACGAAAACCUGCGUAUGGAUGUCUGCCGAAAUGCUAUGCGCAGGGUUGCUUCUUCGAUCUAGUGUCUUGAUUAUGCACUUGCGCACGUCUAACCUGGUUACUUACGAUCAUGAAGAAGUGUCUCCAUUUUGACUUUCUAAAUUCUAUUCUCGGUUAUAAAACCCGUCGGGAUAUUAAUACGUGGUCAAAAUUAACAUAGUUUCCAUAGAUAACGAUGCCUAGGCGACGUCCUUACAUAUUUACCACUGGAUAUUAUGUGUCUUAUUCAUCCAGGGCAAGAAAGCGAUCGCGUGCCCGUAUUGUCGAGGAUUUCGUCCGAGUCUUCUUCUUACAAGACCACGCGCUGCAGGCAGACUUUCUUGUCAUAUGUAGCGCCAGCACGUGCCUGAGUGUGCUGUUCUUGAUAUUUGAGACGUGAGGACCUCCCGCUGGUCCACCGUGCCAUUGUGUAAAUAUAUAUGUUUCAAAUUUUUCGAAUUAAGUCGGGAUCAAAGCGACACUGUCGGAUCACGAUGGUGAAUGAACAAGAAUAACGACUUCUCUUCAUAGCUACAACUGUUGAAGAAAUUGAUGAACAAUUUGAAUGCCAUGUGUGGCUGUGGCAAAAGACCGGACAGAAGAGCCGUGACGGUGACGAG